AUGAAUCUCUCCAACCUCUCCUCUCCCCUCCUGUGCCCCGCGCUGCAGCACAUGUUUGGGAACCACUCCCUGAACAGCAACACCAGGGCCAACAUGGCGGUGGUGUCGGUGCACGGGCUGUUCUCGGCCCUCGGCAUCGCGGAGAACGCCCUCAUCCUGUGGGUGGUGGGACUGCGCGUCCGCAAGACGGUGGCGGCCGUGUGGGUGGUGAACCUGGCGCUGUCCGACUUCCUGGCCACGCUGACGCUGCCCCUCUUCACCUAUUACUUGUCCGUGGGCCACAGCUGGAACCUGGGCGAGUCACUGUGCGUGACCCAGUCCGCCAUCUUCUUCCUCAACAUGUUCUUCAGCGCCUUCCUGCUGGCCGCCAUCAGCCUGGACCGCUGUCUGCUCGUGGUCCAGCCCAUCUGGAGCAAGAACCACCGCUCGGUGGCCACCGCCUGGAGGGUGUGCGGCCUGGGCUGGCUGUGGGCCGUGGCCAACGCCCUGCCCUACGCCCUCUUCCGCUCCGUCACCACCAAGCCGGACGGGCGCAACCUGUGCUACCACAACUUCGCCCGCUACUCCUCCGCUGACAGCCUGAAGCACGACUGCUGGAUGCGGCAGAACACCACGGCGCUGUCCAAGUUCCUGCUGGCGUUUCUCCUCCCGCUCGGCGUCAUCGCCAUCAGCUACACCUCCCUCACCCUCAAGCUGAGGCAGAGGCAGAGGCAGCGUGAGUUUCAGGCCUUCGCCACCGCCAGCAGGGGGCGCCUGGCCCUCUCCUCCCGCAGGUUCUCCCGGAUGGUGGUGGCGGUGAUCGCCGUCUUCAUCCUCUGCUGGUCGCCCUACCACGUGGUGUGCCUGAUGGAGGUGGCCUACCAGCGCAGCUCCGACGGCAUGCAGACGGUGGCGGUGGCGCUGCCCGUGGCCACCACGCUCUCCUUCCUGAACGCCGUCCUCAACCCUAUCCUCUACACCUUCAGCUGCCCCCACUUCUGCGUGAAGAUCCGCGAGAGCCUGGGGGCGCUGCUGGAGGGUCUGCUUGAGGAGGCCGACGGAGAGCUGCUACAGUGUCACUGCACCCCUCAGGACAGCACAACAGACGGAGGGAGGACCAACGGCUAG